CCAUUUUCAAUUCUGUAAAGUUUAUAAAAAUGGGAAAGUUGCAGCACGUUUGAUUGAGCAUCUGACCCGCCUGUGUUUUUUCAACUUUUUCCCCUCAUCUCUCUCGCCAUUCCCAUUUCUCAUCAUUACUCUCUGUGGGGUAUGUAUAUAUUAAAUUGGAAUUUCACCACGUGAUAGUGAUGCCACCUGCUUUUCUCUCCCUUUAAAAUGGCAUUAUUGGUGUAUGUGACUAUGUGUACUCCAGGGUUUCUGUUUCCCUCCAUAUAUUAAUCCCUUUCCUCACUGCAAACCCUCAUCUCCUUUCUCCAUCUCCACCUCCACACAAGAUCAACUAUGAGCCCCUUGAAUGUGGAAGAAGAGGGCCAUGAGGGCAAGAGGAGACCCAACUUCCCAGGCCAUGAAAGCUUCAAGAGGAGCUCAGUUGAUCCUGUUGGGUUGAGAAUCCUUACACAGUUCUCACAUGGCGAAUCCAACCUUGUCCUUAAAUCUGCAUGCAGGUUGAGGGUUCCAACCCCUCCUCCACCCAGUGGCGCCUCUCCUGAGAGUUGCUUUCUCAAAUCAUGUUAUCUCUGCAACAAGGAGUUAACCCCUGAUAAAGACAUAUACAUGAGGAGUGAUGAAGGCUUUUGCAGUGUAGAGUGCAGGAACAGACAGAUAGUAAUGGAUGAAACGAAAGAAAUAGAGACUUCAACCAAGAAAAUUCUAGCAUCUUCCCGGCAUUGCCGCUCUGCUGGUGGGUGUGAGACCUGUGUGCUCCUAGAGGACCUUCGGCGGCGAAGGAAGCCAAUCUCUCGCCAUAAAAAUCAAGCAUUAGUCUCAUAGUUAACACCCAUUUUCCUGGGUUUCUUUUUUCAGACCAGGAGGAUUGUAUGGAAGGUAGACAAAUAGGAAGUGGAAGAAAUGAGUGAGGGUAGUUGAAAUAUCUUUGUAGCAUUAAUUGUAUUACGUGUGAUCACACAAUGAAGAUGAAUUUGAAGCCA